AUGGCUGGUCAGAGCCCGGAUUCUAUAGUGUUUUUUGGUUGCAAGACGGAUUGCAAUAAUCAAACGCUGAGAGGUAAAUGCACAGGGUUCGACUGCUGCCAGACCACAGUCCCUUCUUCUGGGAUUCAACGACUUAAUGUUACUUUGGAGAGUACAACAAACAACAUGAAUACUUGCAAACAUGCCUUCGUAGCAGAGACACAGUGGUUGGAAUCAAAUAAAACAGAUCCCUCUAACGAUGUGCAGUAUUUGAAUUACGUUCCUGUGGCGCUGGCGUGGACUUCCAUCAUAAAUUUAACUUUCACCGAGGCACAUAUAAAUGAAUGCGAAGACGAAAGGCAAAAGUAUCCUAGAUAUCAAUGUCCCCCCGAUUUAGAGUGUGAGAAUACAAAAGGCAGUUACCGUUGCAACAAGCGAAAGUCCCCAUUGAAGAUAGCCAUUCUAGGUGUUCUCAUAGGCUUGAUAGUGGUGCUUAUCUGUAGCUCAUGCUUGUACUUGGUAAUUAAGCAAAGAAAGUUAAUCAAGCUUAAACAAAGGUUAUUUGAACAAAAUGGAGGUUUAAUUUUACAACAGAAACUCAACAAAGAAGGAAAUUCGGUUGAAACAACAAAAAUUUUCACUAUGGAAGAGUUGAAAAAGGCUACCAACAAUUAUGAUGAAACUCUAAUCAUUGGCGAAGGAGGAUUUGGUAUGGUUUAUAAAGGAUUUUUAUCAGAUAAUAGGAUUGUGGCCAUCAAGAAGUCUAAGAUAGCAGAAAAAAGCCAAAUUGAGCAAUUCAUCAACGAGAUAAUUGUACUUUCUCAAAUUAAUCAUAGGAAUGUGGUUAAAAUAUUGGGUUGUUGUUUGGAGACACCAAUUCCUUUAUUAGUCUACGAAUUUAUACCCAAUGGUACACUCUUUGAGUACAUUCAUCAUGAAAGCAUAGCAUCCACCAUAUCAUGGGAAACUCGUCUUAAGAUAGCUGCAGAGACAGCAGAAGCACUAUCAUAUCUACACUCUGCUGCUUCUCCACCUAUAAUCCAUAGAGAUAUCAAGUCUUCAAACAUAUUAUUGGAUAAUAAUUACACAGCAAAAGUAUCAGAUUUUGGGGCUUCAAAAUUGGUGCCACUUGACCACACACAAAUAGCUACAUUGGUGCAAGGAACUUUGGGAUACUUGGAUCCUGAAUACAUGCAAACAAGUCAAUUGACUGAGAAAAGUGAUGUUUAUAGUUUUGGAGUGGUCCUCGUAGAGCUAUUAACCGGUGAAAAGGCUGUUUCAUUUGAUAGGCCCGAGAGGGAGAGAAGUAUAGCUUCAUAUUUUCUCUCUUCUUUCAAGGAUAAUAGAUUGUUUGAAGUUCUAGAAAAGCACAUAGCAAGUGAAGGAAAUGUCGAGCAACUGAAGGAAGUUGCAAAUCUUGCAAGCAGGUGCUUAAGAUUGAAAGGGGAGGAUAGACCUACUAUGAGGGAAGUAACAUCGGAAUUGGAGGGUUUAAGAAAUAUAAAGAAUAAUUCGUGUGUCGAUGGUGAUGUGAACGAUAAUGUGAGGGACAAUGUAACAUUGAACUUGACGAUGGGAGACGAAAUUAGCUUGAUAGAAUAUCCUUCAUAGAUAUAAACCAUGUAAUAUUUUACUUUCCUCUUUUUUCUUUUUCUUUUUUUCUCUUUUUUUUUUUUUUUUUUUGGUCAUGUUUGUUUUUCUUCUUUCAUUUCGUGAGUUUUAUCCUAAACAGAAGUGGCUCGAAUGAUAAUGAUCUUCUAAAUA